AUGGACGAGGCCACUCAUGGCCAAUUCAUACAGCCUCCAGAGUUGUCUCCGAUCCUUGGUGACAACGAACAACUCCAGCCCACUCAAGACCAAUUGAAGGCUGCAGUCCAAAAGAGCCGCGAGUACUGGCACCAGCUUGUGGCCGUGGCCCUCUCCCAACAUGGGAGUGGUCUCUCCCCAUCCUCCACCAACCCUCAAAACAUGCUCAGCCGUGUCCCAGCAAUGCAUGAAAAGCUUGCACAUAGUAGUGAAAUCCGCUACAGUGCGUCCUCCAGCGAUGUCCUGUGUACCGAAACAUCCUCAACUUGGGCUGUCCUCGGCGAGAGUGGCUGUGGCAUCACCGAAAAACGCCAGACAAUCGCGGAACUGGUGCAAAUUGGCACUAGCGGGUCGAUACCAUGCAGGUUUGAAGGUCCAAAUAACCGAUGGAUUGGCACAACGGACGAGAACAGAGACGGUGAUAAUUAUAUUGGAGUGUUGGCCAUGGGGUGGGCCUACAUACUAUCUGCCCGGCUAGUGGAGAUGCAAGGGGAGGGCGCCAGAAUGAGAUACACAAGCGCGAGAACUCGAGAUCGACACCGCGGACCUUGUGGUGGAGUUCUUGAUAUCGGUGUUGUGGACGAGAACACCCUUCGAUGGUGGGAGGCUAUUCUAUCACGCGGCCAAGGUUGGGAAGCCCUCAUCGCUCGCCGUCCUGGAGGAACAUACCUUGCCCCAUGGUCAAUUUCCCGCACAGACACAUACAAGAUGGACCUCAAAUUUACAUACAAACAUUGGACAUCCCACCCGGAGACUACCUACGGGGCCCUCUCUUCUAGACAGGCUUUCGAGGUUCUGUCGUAUUUCGCUCUCAUCCACAACCUGGGUAGUCAGUUCCUCAUCGCGCUUACUACGGCCCUUACCUUUCCGACACACAACUGCCACGGCUCGAGCAUUCUAUUACCAAUCCCCCCAACCACAUCUUCAGCCUCGGACUACGACCAUGUCGACCCAAUUACACCUGAGUGGAAGGCGGCAUAUGACAAACUUCCUUACUAUAUGAGCUUGAGUUGCAGCCCUGAAGUGGUCAUGUCGAGCCUCUGCGGGAUGUUCUGGGAGGAUGGUGUACCGUGCAAUAUGGUCAGCCCUUGGCUACACCCUGUUUUGAAUGAACUGCCAGCAGCCAGCUGGGUCGUCGACACUCCCGGUCUCUAUCACGACAUUCUUGCUGCUAUUUGUCGCUUCCGCCGCCCAUGUAUCUCAGCACUUUGGCUUGGAGCAACUGCCAGUGGGCUAAUACCAGUCGUCCUUCGUCGACUCAGAAAGGGCAAUCCUCUACUCCAUGUCAACGGCUAUCCAUGGACUGGUUGUCCUCAGUCAUUCAUGGACAUUGCUGGUUCAGGAUCAUAUAUCUGUGAAGGGACGAAUGACAAGAUCCAAAGGGCCGACGUCUGGCGCCUACUUUACCUUCCCCCAGUCGUCGACGAUGAGCUAAGUUACGAAGAUUUUCCAUACGCACCCUGGGCGCCUCCUGGCCACUCUACUUCGCAAAAUUGUGUCUUGCGAGUUGCCUGUCAUCUACACUGUAAGAGGCACCGCCUGGAAUACCUACACUGGCAAUGGACGCUUCGAAAUGGUUCCGUCGUUAAAGACCAGGGCUUCAACACUCAUCCUAUCGAAGGCUUUUUAGAACAUUGCACUCCAGGAAUUCAGCAGAGGUUACCCAUCGAGUUUCCGGAGAAACCACUUGAUCAGGAAGCGUCGCGGAAAGCCUCGAAGGAAGUCUUUGAAUGGGCUAUCGUCAAUGGCGAAGAUAUUCCCCCGGAGGAGGUAUACAGCGAUGACUGGAUACAUGGUGAGGCUUAG